AUGUAUACCCCUCUCAAAGUCGCUCGUUCUAGCAACCGAAAUAGGCAUAUUGUUGCUGCCAUCAUCCUGUUUCUCAUCUCGAUUUUGUUGUAUACGCUUUCCUUUCCUUCAGCACACCAUCUUCCCGAACAUGUUCCGUCUACUAUCAAGACAGCUCCUUCGUCCGGCUCAGCUCGAAUCGACUCUCAACCCUCAUCCGUGAGCCCGACAUCUUCUUCCAACGAUGCCACGAUCGACUUCCGUAAUCAGCGCGUGCCCUGCAACGGCCCUAGAGGAAAGUCCAUUUCAGAAAGCUACGACGACCAGAUCCAUCCAACACACUUCAGAAACCUCAGCUACCCACCUCCUCUAAGUGGAUCGUACGAAGCCCUCGAUCUCGACAAGUCAUGGCUUACGGCUGCAGAAAGAUACGGCCCAUAUGGUCUCGGAGAAGAGGAGGAAGGUUACACCAGAAGUCGAGUUGACUGGUCCACUAUCAACUGGGCUGACUUGCAGGACAACUGCUCUGCAAUCAACAACCAACGACUUCCUGAUGCUUACACGUUCGAUCACGCCCGUCCGAGAUUCACAUAUCGCGAAAGAUCAUGGCAGGAGAAGUGGCUACCCUCCGUCUUCACCACUCCGCACAUCAAACCAAGACCAGCGACCAAGACUUUUCAUCGCUCAGCCAUCGUCCUCCGUGUGUGGUCCACGUACAAGUACACGCCUGAGGAUAUGUGGAAUCUGAGAUCGCUUGUCACAGAAACUGCUCUUGCGACCGGUGGAGAAUAUGCAGUUUUCCUUCUGGUCGACGUCAAGGACAAAGAGGCUGGCAUUCACGAGGAUUCAGAAGCAUAUGAUCGUGUCCUUCGCGAAGCAGUCCCACCCGAGUUCCAAGAUAUUGCAGUGCUCUUCGAUGACUCCCUGCUGGAGAGCUGGUAUCCUGAUGUUGUCGAGCAUUUGCCCAUCAUGCAGAUCAUGCAGCCUCUGCAGAUCUUUGCUCAGUUCUAUCCCGAGUUUGAUCACUACUGGCAACUAGAAGUUGAUUCGCGCUUCUUGGGACAUACUGGUGAUAUGCUCGACAAGUUCUCGGACUUUGCCAGAAACGAACCGCGGAAGCAAGCCAGAGAGAGAGCGUCUUGGGCGUACAUGUCCGAUUACCAUGGCUCAUACGACGACUUUUUCAACACAAUCGAUGAGGUGCUCGACGGCAAUUCUUCUGUAUGGGGCAACAUUGACAUCCAUGACUUGGAUCCCAUUGGUCCUGACCCGCCUGUCAAGGAUCCUCGUGAUGACUACUUCUCUUGGGGUGUUGGCGAAGAAGCCGAUCUUAUCCUUCUCAAUACCUUGGAAGAUGCCUCUCGCGACGAGGAUUGGAUCUUCAAAGGUUGGCAACACGGCUUUUCCAUGGGUUCGAAGCUUCCCAUAUUUGUCUCAGUCGUUGCUCAAGGCCGUGCAAGCUGGGAUCUUUUGAAUGCAGUUCAUCACGCCCAAGCACAUGCGGGCAUGCGCAUCCCUUCAGAAGCUACACUACCUAGCUUCGCUCUCUGGCAUGGUCUCAAGGUCAGUAGUCCACCGGUACCGGUAUAUCAAUGGCCUGGGCGCGACCGUCAUGAGAUGGAGUUUGCUCUCAAUGGUGGCGGCUUAGACGCGUUUCCUGAUGCCAUCGCCAAUGGCCCUGCACGCUACCGUGGUAGUUCGAUGGGCUUUUUCACCAAUGGCAUGACUUGGCAAUGGUGGACGACCUUGCCUGAAGAUCUGGCAAAUCCUUGGUAUAUCAACGAAGUCGAUAACCCUGUACUACCGGAUAUGCUUCUGAACGAGGGCGGUCAUCUGUAUGCUCCGAACAUCAUGAUUCAUCCUAGAAAAACCAACGGCAAGAAGCCAAAGCACCCUGGACAAGAAGAUGAAGAGGAUGAGCAAUAA